GCUUGCAGUUGGCAUCUUUUGGGCACUUCCAGGCAGACUACUCCUGGAACAACCCAUCGACAGACAUUGGGUGAGGAGUCCAGAAAACGGAUAGAAGAAACAGUGGAGAAACAUAUGAAGGCUCCAAAUGGAGGAUGAUACUGUUUGCUGCACCUGCGUGAGACGGUGCAAUUGCACAACGAAAACUCUGCCUGGAAGCAUCCCAAGUUGCAAAAUUUAACUACUGAAAAGAGCAGCCCAAGUCUUUUGGUAUCCCUUCCUCUCCUAAGAGCAGAAAAGGGAAAUCCCUCUGCAAAGAGGGAAGUGAGGAUGGCAGACUCUGAGCCCCUUCUGGAACUGGAUACGGCGGAAACUUCCUUAGAGCUGAACGCUGGGGAUGGAGGGACAGAACUCACUGGAGAAGAUGCCUCUGAGAUGCUAUGCAUGGACCCUGCCAGUCUACCAUUCUCAGAAGAUUUUAGAAACACAGAAGAUCUAGUGGAGCUGCAGGAAGACAUGGUGGGCCAGGAUCAAUAUGUGGAAGAGGCCCAACUCAUGAGCAUCGAGGACAUCGGAGAACGUUUCCAGGAGUGUAUUGAAGCAGUGGAAGAGCUGGAGAGAGAGAGGGACCGCCUCAUUGAGGAACUCACGCUCUUACGGGAACCAGCCCUUGAGGAAAUCAAAAAGGCCCACCAAGAGAUCCUGGAAGCCUACCGGUUGCACGCCAAAGUGGAGCUCGAAAGGAGCAGCUUGCGGGAUGAGAUCCGGCAAGUGAAACGGAAGCUGUUCAGGGUCACACGGGAAUGCGUGGCUUGCCAGUACCAGCUAGAAACCAGGAGGCAUGACGUGGCCCAGUCCGCUGUCUACCGGGAAGAACUGGAAAGCAGGGUCCAGCAGCUCUCCGAGGAGCUCUCCCAGCUGAGAGAGACUUGUGAGAAGGAGAAGGAGCAGUUCCGGCAGCGGCUGAGAGCCCCUCGGCGCCGAAGAGACAGCUGCUACCUCCAAGAGAGCCGGCGGCUUUCUAUGGAGUUUGAGAGCUUCGUCUUGGAGAGCCGUCAGGACUUAGAAGAACAUUAUGAGCCUAAGAUGAUGCGCCUCUUGGAAAGGCGAGAAGCCAGCAGUAAGGCUUUGCGACAGACACAGGGUGAGAUCCACAGACUUAAAGAAACUCUGAGGCCGCUGCAGGGAGAGGUCAGCAAAUUGCAGCUCCAGAACCGGAACCUGGAGGAGCAAAUUCUGCUCAUUAAGCAAAAACGGGAUGAAGACGUUCUUCAGUAUAAGGAACAAGUGGAGGAGAUGGAAGAGAGGCUGAGGGAGCUUAAGAAUGAAGUCCAGCUUCAGCAGCGAAAAAACCGAGAAUUGGAAGAGCUGAGGGCCAGCUUACACCAAGAGCUGUCCAUUUACAAGAACUGCUUAGAAAUCUAUGGACAACUCUGCAAGUCAGAAGCCAAAUAAGAACAAAACUGAAUCAUGAAUUAGCAAGCAUGGAUCCCCUUUCUCUUAUUUACACUUGCGGUCUGCUGACAACCUGGGUUUGACUCCAACUAUGAUAAAGCUUUAGAGGAUAUAAGCGAUGUUGAAGAACGCCUUUGCCAGUAUUAGCCAACAGGCAAGAGUUCAAUGAUGACAAUUUUCAACGUUUUAUACUAGGACUUCUAAUUUUGGUAGCUAUGCUGGACAGAUGCCAUACCAACAGAACACCAGGUAUGUGCCCCACUGUUAGUUCCAGCUAAAGUAGACCCAUUGAAUCAAUGGGAUUUACUCAUGUUGAUUAUCUGAUUCACUGGGUCUUAUUAGUUGAUUCAAUGGGUCUAUUUUAAUUGGGAUUAACCAAAAGGAUUCAUACCAUGGCAUUAUGCACACAACUCCAAAGUUAAAAGACUGUAUAUGGUUAACAUGUCAGCAUGUUUGUCAACAUUGCCUUAAUGUUAUUUUUUUGUUCUUUUAGCCAUCUGGUUGUAAUUUUAACAUGUUAUGAAACAAGAAACCGAAGUCCAGUUCAAAUUAAAUGUUUUUAUAUACGUGUAUUUUAAAAUAAC